GAAAUAAAAGCCUUAGCCCUUUAGACACUUAUCUCUGCUUUUUACAAGAAGAGAAGAAAAAAGUUGGAAUCCACAAACAAGGAAAAAGAAGAGAAAAAGUAGUGUUGAGAUGGGUAGAGUCCCUUGUUGUGAUAAAGUAGGAGUGAAGAAAGGGCCAUGGACUCCUGAAGAAGAUAUAAUGUUGGUCUCUUAUGUACAACAACAUGGUCCAGGGAAUUGGAGAUCUCUUCUCACUAAAACAGGUUUGCGCAGGUGUAGCAAGAGCUGCAGGCUAAGAUGGACAAAUUACCUUAGGCCAGGGAUAAAGAGGGGUAACUUCACAGAUCAAGAAGAGAAAAUGAUUAUCCAGCUUCAAGCUCUUUUAGGCAACAAAUGGGCUGCAAUAGCUUCGUAUCUACCAGAAAGAACAGAUAACGACAUAAAGAACUACUGGAAUACUCAUCUAAAGAAAAAGCUGAAAAGGCUUCAAUUAGAUCAAUUGCCUGGAUCGGAUGAUGGGCUUACUCAUUUUUCAUCUUCAAAUCCAUCAACUUCUAGGGGCCAAUGGGAAAGAACACUUCAAGCUGAUAUUAACAUGGCCAAAAAGGCUUUACAUAAUGCUUUAUCACUUGAAAACUUAACAAGCCCACACAAUAAUAUUAAACAAGAAAAUCCACAAGUUUCUUCUACUACUUAUGCAUCAAGUACUGAGAAUAUAGCCAGAUUGCUACAAGGAUGGAUGAGAUCAACUUCUUCCACAAACAAUUCUGAAAGUUCAAAAACUUCAUCUAACAACAUUGCAACAACUGAUUCAUCUUCAUGUGAUGAUGGGACUCCAAAUGCUGAAAGCAAAGGUGGAAUGGGUUUGAUGGAAGCGUUGGAGUCACUAUUUGGUUUGGAGUCAUUUGAAUCAUCAAGUUCAGAUGAGUUGUCUCAAACAGCAUCUCCUAAGGCUGAGGCUAUUAAAGUUGAAAUCAAGAAGGAAGAAAAUGAACGUGUGAAAGUGCAAAUGCCACUGUCUGUCAUCUUAGAGAAUUGGUUGCUAGAUGAAAAUACCCUCAAUAUUCAACCCAAAAAUGACUUGAUCUCCUUUGAUGAAACUCCUCACCUUUUCUAGAAGUUUUUUUUUUUUGGUUGAUUCUUUUGAGGGAUUAAUUUUCGAAAAAUUAAUUGUUUUAUUUGAUGUUGCGAUUUUUGAAAAUAAUUUCUCUAUCUUUUCGAGGUAGUAGUAAGAUUUGCGAUACUUUACCCUC